UUCCAGAUUCGCCAUAACCCUUUUUAUCGCUGAUGUAAGCCCACUGCGGAUGUUGGAAGGCUUGCAUAUUGUGCUGUUGGAUAACAUCGCUGAUCAUUGCAACUUGACUUGGAAUCUUGGAGGAAUUUCUGGGUGAUGUGCUGAUCCUGAUUAUAUCCUCAACUGUAUCCUGAUUAUAUCCUAAACCUUCCUUCCAAGUUCCACGUCCAAUCGCAGCGCAAAACCAUGUGUGGCGGAUUCCAGCGACAAAACAGCGUUCAUGUUCUAGGCCGCGACGGCCGCCUGCGCUACGGCCGCGUGGUAGCCCUGACCAAAGACGGGCUCUUCGUCGACCUGCUGUGUCCCAACCGUCACCGCGAAUUCUACACCUUCGACAACUGCUUCCUGCCACGCCUUCUCUCCGGUGACUUCCUGGCCAGACUUUACACCGCACCCGUGCCGCGCAUUCCCGUGGUCGUCCUGGUUCCGGAGACCCCGUCCGGUCCGUGGAUGUGGGUCCCCGGAGAAAUGCCGUGUCAGCAACGCGGCGUGCGCUACGCGUGGUGCGAAGCGGCCGUCGUCCAUUGGCCAGAUACGGUUACGGGGGUACCCUGCACGGAUAUCCUCCCAAUCGAGCGAAUCCGGUGUCCCCUGCUCGAUAUGUGGCGCGGGGAUCUCCCGUAUGCGAGUGAACUUGAGAGGAUGGUGCAGGAGGAGUGGGAAAAGCGUGCUGCAACGCCCGCCGUCAACUACGCAGAACUGCACGUGCGGACGCGUUCUAACACGUUCUACCAUCACUAUACACAUUUGGGGCGGGAGUUUCGCUCCCUGUCCGCGGAACAUGCAGCUACGUUAAUCCGGUUGUGGAAUAACCGUCGUCCCUACCACCCGUGGACGGAGGUCUGCUUGGUAGACCUUGUGGCUGACCGGGUGGACUGCAUCUACAAAUCGGGUAUUAUGUACUUCAGCAACAUCGGCUCAACACUGACGGUUAGCCUGCAGCGCUUUCACGACGAAUGGAUGCACGCCAAAGAGGCCGUGGAUGAUUUCAGCGGACUGCCGACGGAAUUGUGGCGGGAAGUGUUCGCCCAAUCCGACACGAUAACGCAGACGAGAAUUCGGAGCGUCUGCGUUACGUGGAACAUGAUCUUAGACUCACCAGCACUGACGACCAGUAUCAUCAUUAGACACGAUACCCAUUGCAACCAACAUUCCGACACACCCUGUCCCUUUCUCCCAUCGGCUCUCCUCUACAAACAUCUCCGCCCCGGGGUACAGCGUGUUUAUCUGAUCGACCGGGAGCACAAGAUCAGAACAGACGAUCUCCUGAAAAUCCCGGAUAUAAUGUAUUCGCUAGCGUCCCAACGAACCGGAUUGCGUUUAACAACGCUGUAUUUAGUGGGCGUGCAGCUCAACUUAUUUAUUACUGGCACCAAUAACAGCCUGGAUAAUACGCCGUGUGUGCUGCAUGACACGUACGCUGAUUAUCGGCGGCUGUAUGUUCCGCUGCGCGGAUACGGCCGUCUGGAGGAUUUCAUACGGAUCGGCCGGCGGGUGCCCGGUGGCACGCUGCGCCUGGUGGACUGUACGAUGAAGUGGAUGUGUCCGUUGAAGACCCAGCACGGACGGCGACGCGGGCCGGUGGUGUCGGUGGAGCUGCCCGAAAUAUGUCUGCCGCUGAGCGGGGACUUCGGGGCCGCGCUGUGGACGGCAGUGGAAGCGGCAUUGCCGGUGCCGGGCGACGCGGCGCUGCAGGAGUUGGCUCAGUGGCGCGAUUGGGUGCUCGGUCUGGGUGAUGAUCAUCCGGAGAAAAUUGCCGGUUGCAAGGUGUUGUGCGCUGUGCAGUCCAGCGAUCCGCGCCCGUCGUCGCAUUAUCGCGGCAAGCGGUGGUGUCUCGACGGCCUGGAAGAUGUACAACUGGCGCUGCUGUCGCGCAUUACGCUGUGCAUUCUCAUGCAACUGGCACUUCCGUCGGGAAAAGGCUGGAUCUCUGCAUGAAUUAGUAAUGGACAUGUGAACGAGUACUGGCUCAGCGUGUUUUCAGUAUCUUGUUAAG